UCGUCAAGCCUCUCGAUUCCGCGGCUGCCCCUCUUCCGCCAAACGCAAGUUAGGGUUUCGAUCUCUCCCCACCCGCCCGCCCGCCCCUCGCUCCACGCGCAGGCUCGCCAUGGAGGGAGCCGGCGCCACCCGCAAGAGAUCCCGGCCGGACAUGGCCAACGGGGCCGCCGCCGGAGGGAAGCGCUCGAGAGAAACGGAGUCAUUUCAAACUGGUCUAUCAAGCAAAUCGAAGCCUUGCACCAAGUUUUUCAGUACGGUUGGGUGCCCCUUUGGUGAGGGUUGCCAUUUCUCACACUUUGUCCCCGGUGGGUAUCAAGCAGUAGCAAAAACACUCAAUCUGGGACCUGCUGUACCUGCACUGGCAAGAGCUCCUAUGGAUCAUGUUGCUGCUGGUAAUUCUCAUUCAGCUUCUUCUGGCAAGACACGCAUGUGCACCAAGUACAACACUCCAGAAGGCUGCAAAUUUGGUGACAAGUGCCAUUUUGCCCAUGGUGAGAGGGAGCUUGGCAAACCAGCGUAUAUGUCCCAUGAGAGUGCCAUGGCUCCUAUGGGUGGUCGAUUUGGAGGCCGACCUGAACCACCCGCACCAGCUGCUAUGGGCCCUCCAGCAGGAAACUUUGGUGCAUCAGCUACUGCCAAGAUCAGUGUUGAUGCCUCUCUUGCUGGUGGCAUAAUCGGGAAGGGUGGUGUCAAUACAAAGCAAAUAUGCCGAGUGACUGGGGUUAAGCUCUCAAUACGGGACCAUGAGUCGGACCCAAACCUGAAGAACAUUGAGCUUGAAGGCAAUUUCGAUCAGAUAAAGCAAGCAAGCAAAAUGGUGGGUGAGCUCAUUGCAACAAUCAGCGCAAGCACUCCAACCAAGAAACCUUCUAGUGCAGUAGCCCCAGCAGGACGAGGCGGACCUGGGGGCAGGAGCAACUACAAGACCAAGCUUUGCGAGAACUUUGUGAAGGGAACCUGCACGUUUGGUGAGCGAUGCCACUUUGCUCACGGCGAGAACGAGCAACGGAAAGGUGCUGCUUGAGAGCCGAAACGCAUCUUGUGCACACCCAUCCCCCAUGUCUUCUUUUGUGACUAGUCUCUCUGCAUCUUUAGGUGAUUAGCCUGCUGUAUUGCGAUUUUACGGAUUUAUGUUUUCUAUUAAGCUUUUGAUGUGUCUAAGAAGCAAAUAACUUAGU